UCCAGCCCCUUUCCAGCCUGGGUCCCCCACCAUGGACAGCCCACUGCAGCCCCUGGCCAUGCACUUUGGGCCCAUGUCUCCCUCCUUGGACCCUGCUCUCUUCUUCAGCCCCUCAGCCAACAGCCAGCUGAACCUCAGCAUGCCCAGCCACAUGACCCAGCUGCACCCCCAGCACCAGCGGAUCCUAACACAGCGGCAGCAGCAGGGCAGGCAGGCACAGAGUAUUUCCCCCAAGAAGCCAUGGUCUCCUAAAGUGGACCCUUAUGCUGGGCUGAUGACCUCCAAGGAGAAGGACUGGGUCAUCAAGGUGGAGAUGAUCCAGCUGCAGAGUGAGAACAUGGAUGACGACUACUACUAUCAGUGGUACUACCACCGUCUGGAGCGCAGGCAGGCAGAGGAGGAGCUGCUGGGUGGGCGCAACAAGCUGGACACCCCCAAGUUGGUCACGCCGUUCAUCCAGAAAGUGGAGACCUAUGACUCUGUGGUGCGCAUCGCCGGCUCGCUGGGCCAGGUUGCCGUGUCCACCUGUUACAGCCCUCGCCGGGCCAUUGAUGCUGUGCACCAUGCCCUCGUGGAGGAGGCUGCAGGGAGCCACCGGCUGCGGGCACUGCACAGGAUUGAGAAGCUCUUCCUGCAGCUGCUGGAAGUGGAAGAGGCGCAGCAGAAGAUGUCCCUUGUCCUGGGGGUGGAGCAGGAGCAGCAGAGCCAAGAAGUGGAGAAUCUCUACCAUGCCUUGAAAAUCAGGGCUUGCAACAGCGAGGAGGAGGCAGAGGAUGAAUUCCUGCAGCUGCUGUGUGUGCAGAAGGGCAAGAAGCUCGUGGCCCGGUUGCUGCCCCACCUGACCCGGGAGCAAGGGGAGAAGAUCCUGCUGACCAUCACUCACCACCUGCCCUUCCUCAUGAAGAAGGAUGUGCUGGAUGAGUCUCUCCCCCUGCUCUACAGCCCAUUGAAUGAAGUGGUGGGCGGGAUGACCUUCAGCAAACUCAUCGAGGUCCUGCAGGAGCUGACCCAGCCUCUGCCUGAGUGCCCUGAGCUCCCCCUCACCAUGGCCUUGAAGAACCAGUUUGGGAUCUCCUUGCUCUACUCCCUGCUGAGCCAUGGGGAGAGGCUGCUGUCAUCGGAUGUGCCAUUGGAGCCACGGAGCGGAGACUUUGAGGCGUGGACAGACACGGUGUACGUGGUGGCCCGGGAGCUGUCACAGGUGCCCAAGGCCUUGCUGGUGGAGCCUCUUUUCUUACCCAGCAACCUUCUCUCGCUCUUCUGCCGCUACCUGGACAAGCAGACUGUCUACCACCUGGAAGCCAAGAUGGAGUGCUCCCCACUGCCAUCGGAGGCUGCCAUGAUAUGCUGAGCCCCAGGAGUCGGGAAGGGGAUCCGGGGCCGGUGGUCCUGGGAAUGGGCAGGGCCCAAUGCCAUGGCUUUUGAGUUUGGAAGCAAACAUUUAUUUACCCUGGUGCAGGGCACUCUGGGUGAUGUGGGCACUGGCAGGGCCAACUCUGGAGGGCUGGUCCCACCCUGCCCCUGUGCCUGGGAA